AUGCAUUUCUCUUCCCCCUUCUCGUCUCUCCUUCUAAUAGCCGCCUCCGCCGUCGCCCAUGACGCCCACAACAACAAGCGGCACGACGCCCUCCACGCCCAGCAACUUCACUCCAAGCGCCAGGACUCCGGCGUAGUCAUCACCUCGGGCGCCCAGGGCUUCGGCGACGACCAGACCCACGCCCGUCUCGAGAUCAGCGAUCUCGCCGCAAACCGCCCAGAUCAAUGGACCCUCUUCAUUCUGGCAAUGCAAAAGUUCCAGCUCGGCAGCCAGAACAGCUCCACCAGCUACUUCGGCGUCGCCUCCAUCCACGGUGUUCCGCGUCAGGACUGGGACGGCGUGACCCAGUGCGAGCAGUGCGCCGGCUCCGAUGGCUACUGCACUCACGAUUCCGUCCUCUUCCCCGCCUGGCACCGGGCCUACAUGGCCCUCUACGAGCAGGAGUUCCUCAACGUCGCGCUCGAGGUCGCCAACUCCUACACCGGCACCAAGAAGGAUGAGAUGGUCACCGCCUGCUCUACUCUGCGUUUCCCUUACUGGGACUGGGCCGCCACGCCCGACGAGGGACAGUCGACUCUCCCGGCCGUGAUUACCUCUCCAUCCGUCACCGUCGAUGGCCCCAACGGCCAGCAGACCAUCGCCAACCCCUUGUACUCAUACGAUAUUGGAGCAGAAACCGAUGACAUGUACUACUCUCCAUUCACCAGCUGGCAGAACACCUUGCGAUACCCCACCAGUAACGAUGCCGACGCGACCAGUGACGAUGCCACUUGCACAACCGCUUUUGACAGCAUUCGCCAGAACAUGCAGGACCAGAUCUACCAGUUGUUGAGCACUUGGUGAGUGAUGAUGCACCUCGAAUCGCACUCGUCGACGAGUACUGACCAGAUCUGCAGCGAUGACUACCUUCACUUCAGCAACGAUGAUGCUGGCUCUUCCGACGCCGCUUGCUCCAACAGCUUGGAGGGUAUCCACAACACCAUCCACACCACUGCCGGUGGUGCGGGCAGCACCGGUGUCUCCGGUGGCCACAUGACCUACCUCCCGCUCGCAUCCUUUGACCCCAUCUUCUGGCUUCACCAUGCCAACGUGGACCGCUUCUUCGCCAUCUGGCAGACUCUCCACCCGGACAGCUACGGUGCUUCCCAGACUGCUCCUCACGCCACCUGGACUGUUGCCAGCGGCUCCACUCAGGAUGCCGACUCGCCGCUCGAGCCGUACCGCAAGGAUGCGUCCACCUUCUGGACCACCAACGACGUCAAGGACUGGACCAUCUUCAAGUACACCUACCCAGAGUUCUUGGCGGGUGAUGGCAGCAAGGCGUCUGUCGCCGCCUUCGUCAACCAGCUCUACGGAUCCUCGGCCAACUCGACUGCCAGCUCCAUCUCCAAGCAGGUCGAGCACGGCGACGACAAGGCUCCAGUCUCGUCUUCGUCUUCGAGCGUGGCCCCCAAGCGCACCAUCGUUCCAGUCAGCCAGGGAUCUAGUGCGUUCAGCAACGCUACCAGCGCUACCGAGUCUGCACCUUUCCCCACGACUACCGGCACUGCGACUGGCCUCGGAAAGGCUGCUGGACCUACCUCUGGUGCUUCUGCCUCUGGCUCGGGCUUCAUCGGCAACAACUCCACCGUCUCCCCGUCUUUCAAGGCUCCCAACGGCAGCGAAUACCAGUACGUCUGCAACGUCCAGACUCCUCGCUACGGGCUCAACGGCUCCUACUACGUCUACGUGUUCGACGGCCAACCAAAGAACAACAACUCGAACAACUGGAUCAACGACAAGAACAUGAUUGGUGCCAUUGGUGUUCUUGCCGGCGGUGACAUGGUCAGCCCACACCUGAAGGUCUCCGGUUCCGUGCCGUUGACCCGCCACUUGCAGGAGAAGUGCAAGUCUGGUGCGUUGACCAGCAUGAGCGAGAAGCAUGCGGUCCCAUACCUGACCAAGAACCUGAACUGGAAGAUUGUCCGGGCUGGCCAGGAGGUUCACCCCAACAGCGUUCCCGGCUUUCAAUCUUCGGUCUACUCGGGUACUUCUGCUCCCGCUGGUAAGAACAGCCUGCCGGUGUGGUCCGCACUCCAGGCGCAGACCCAAGUCACCAAGAACAAGGCUGGUGGAGCAAAGAUUGCUCCAUCUGGCGGAUACGCCUCCGGCCCAAGCUCUUCCGGCAGUGGUGUGAACGGCACCGCACCUGGCGGUUACUCUUCCGGCCCCAGCUCCUCCGGCAGCGGUGUGAACGGCACCGCACCGAUCGCGUCCGCACCAGCAGGCAACUCUCCAGCUGGCUACUCACCAUCCAGCACCAGCGCUGGUGCCUACGGCUCUACUCCCUCCUCUUCCUCCUCCGGCGUCCCAGCAUCGUACACUGGCGCGGCCAGCAAAGCGUCAUCGAUGGGCUUGGCCGGUCUCCUGGUCGCUGCUGGUGUCGCUGCUGUGUUGUAA